AUGUUGAAAUUUCUUUCAUUAAUUUUAUUCAUAUUUUUGUCAACAACAUCAGCAACUAAUACGUGUCCAUACCCAUGCAAUGGGCACCCAGAUACAGCAUAUUAUGCAAAAAAUCCACGAGGAUGUGCUUGGUUCUUCACAUGUAAUAUCAAUCAAGCUCCAAGAGAGGGACGAUGUCCUGAAGGUUACUUGUUUAACCAUGCAAAGCAGCUUUGUGAUUUUUCAGCAAACGUAGAGUGUGUUGAUGAUGCUCCAGUCACGACCUGCCCACCAUUUGGAAUUGCUAAGAUUUCUCAUCCUGACACGUGUUCUAAAUAUGUUUUAUGCAUCGACGGUAUGCAGCAAGACAGACUUUGUAAAACAGGUUUACAUUAUUCUGAAUUCCACAACGACUGUGUUGAACCAUCACAGUCAGACUGUGUAACUGAUUUUGAAUUCUGUAAUAGGAAGCAUAAUGAAGACACCGAAGGAAUUUUCCCAAAAGUCGCUAAUCCAAGGGACUGUGCAACAUUUUAUAUCUGUUCUGAUGAUAAUUGGGUCAUUCAAAAUAAUUGUUAUUUAGGAGGUCAUUUUAAUCCUGCAACUGGAUUUUGUGAAGAUUCUUCAAAUGGUGUUUGUGAUGUUAAUGGACAGCUUCCAGUCGUUGAACUUCCAGAUCAAGUUGAUUUUAACUGUGCUGAUAAAUUUGACGGAUCUGCUCAUCCACAUCCAGAAUCGUGUGAUUUUUGGUUCUUCUGUGCUGGUGGAAGAUCAUACCUUCAACGAUGUGGAACCGAUGCUAAAUACGAUAUUAAUCAAAAUAGAUGCGUAUCACAAGAUUUCGACGACUUGACCUGCUACAAUGGUGUUAGAUCAGCAAGAUCAGGAUUAUUUGAGAGAAUUAGAAGCAGAAAUCAAGUGUAA